UUUCGCACAUAUUCGCAUUAUCAGAAGGACAUCUAGGUCUGCCACACCCAAUGCAACUACGGGAGCGCCUGUGCACUCCACGAGCGAUGUACAAGCGGAUGACCGGCCCCAAGGUGGCUUGCCAGCCGACACCGCCGAGUCAGCUUCUAGUGCUGAUGUCUCUAUGGCAGACGUGCUGGCUGAGCCGGCCCAGUCGACCAAAAGUGCCGCUGGUGUGGUCAAUGGCGGUACGUCAAUGUCGGCGCCAAAUACAGAGAACGAUCAGGCUGUCGGUGACAUGCAGGUCAUAGCAGACUCCCCGUCCAUUGGUGCAGAUAUGACUUCAUCAAGUGCCACCGAGGGUAUUGACGCCCUCCAGGCACCGCGGUUGCCCACGCACGCCCAGGACCAUGGUGCCGCCCUUGCCCCGACCGCGCGAUCGGAUGGGCAAAAGUCAGAUCGCGACUUGGCCCAAGCAUCGCGACUUGACCAGCUUCCCAACACUUCAACAGUCGCUCCAUCUGCCCUCGACGGGGAGAUGGAAAGCAACAAACCACAAGACCAGGACAUCGCAAUGGCGGAGGAGGGAGAUAGCACACAAGAGGGUAGCAGUAGUGGCCUGGUUCCGACGGGGAAGCGCGCAACGGCAACAAAAAAGCGUCGCUCCACUCAGACGACGAAAGCGCCGGUGACAAUCACAGAUGGCAACACGACUCCAUCUAGAGCGUCAUCAGUGUCAAGAGGCGAAGUGUCGGAAAGCGGCAGUGUCACAACACCACACCGCACCGCCUCAACCUUGAUACCAGAGGAUAUUAGUGGCCCGUCUAGAGAUGUGCUUGCGUUGUCCGCUUCACCUACACUCGCAUCUCUAUCCGCGGCGAGGCCAACCCGAGCAGCAGUAGCCAAAGUAGCGGCAAGGGGAUCAUACUACGAUGCCAGUACAUACGAGGUGCAAAGCCCCCUCCAAGCUGCUGUUGUGAAGAACAUUCAGACGACUCCUAGAUCCACGUCAGCCAAUCGUCGAGUAAACGGCUCUGCGAGCAGGGCAGUAGCGACUUCUGCUUCAUCAUUGACAGGAACACCGACACCGACGAGUAAAGCCGCUAAUGACAAGGGAAAGGAGAAGGAGGUCGACAACGCAGUGGAUGGCAAAGAAGGACUCAACGAGGAGGCUCUGAAUGAGGACUUCUGCUCCACUUGCCGAGGUACCGGUCACUUUAUCUGUUGCGAUUCUUGCCCUCGCUCCUUUCACUUUGCUUGCGUCAAUCCCCCUUUGGAUAUCAACGAGGUCCCCCUCGAUGACAAUUCCGAAUGGCAUUGCAGAGCAUGCUCAGCACAGCGGCGAUCAAGCAGCCAGGGGACUCAGAAGAAGGGCAGCGCCAAGCAACAACGCAGUGCUGCUAGAGGCGGGCGCUUCUUUGCUCCUCUCGUCGAUCAAACCGAGAGCAGCAAUCCCUCCAUCUUUGCGCUUCCGCCCGACAUCAAAUCCUUUUUCAAGAACGUUGCCACAGCAGCAGAUGGAUCUUAUCAGGACCUCGGUCGUCAGCGAGCGAUCAAAGCUGACCGGAAAGGGUUGAUCGAAGAGCGAGACCCGUAUCGCUUGAAAGACGCCAAGGGGAAGGACAUCCUGUGCUACCACUGUGGACAAAGUGCCUUGCCAAAGGACUGGAACCCUCGCCGUGGCGAUGAUGCCACUCCAAACUCCUCGUGGCGCUGUCUAGUCUCAUGCGACUAUUGUUCUCUACAUUGGCACCUGGACUGUCUCAACCCACCUCGAGCAAGCAUCCCGUCCUCACUGUACAAGUGGAGAUGUCCUUGCCACAUCGAGGACCUUCUGGUCAAGACGCGUACUGCCAAAGCAGGGACACAGCUUCAAGUUGUAGACCUCCCAGUGCCCACUUUGCUCAACACUGGCUUCGGGCCCGGCAAGAUCUAUCGGCCUCGGGUUCUCAACUCGGGCGUGAUCGACAUCGUACCCGAUCCGAUGGACACCUACUUUACUGCUGCUUCUUCGUCAGACACCUCUGGCAGGAGUCUCCAGCCUGGAUGGAUGAAUGGCGGCCGAGCAGACAUGCCCCCACUGGUGGAUGGUGAGAUCCCCGGGGGUGGUAUGAGAAGAGUCAAAUUCCGUUUGCCGGAGAAGGUGGUGCGGACAGACUGGUGGAUGAAGGUCCUCCAAGGUGGUAGAGAUGCUCUUAUCAGCGGGGAGAAACGGGGAGCAAGCGCCAUGGAACUCCUGGCUUCGAUUGCGACGGAUGAGCUCGAGCAUCAAGGAGAAGCAAGGGACUUGGUGCAGCUCGCACUCACUGGCUCUCAACCCCCUUCGAUGCGUGUCCAGCCCUUGGUGAGCCACAGUAAGCCGCAGGAACCUCUGAGAAAGGGCUUUGUCCCCCAUCCGGGCGGUAAGCUCAAAAGGGAGGAGGACGAGCAAUGGGCUGAAUCGGCAAUGAGGGGCAGCUUGCACCUAGUAGAUGACGAGGAAGAGGGAGCUGUGACAGGAAAGGCAAAGACGAAUGGAAGUGUCCGGGCGGCGGCAGUCUCUGCAUCAGCAGCAGUACCUUCAGCGUCUUCGGAGAGCGACCUGACGGAUCUCAGUGACGAGGAGGGCAAGGGCAAGGCAAAGGCGAAGGUCGCCUCGAGCGAAGCGAUCGACGAUGCUGCCACGCCUCGCUCUGGCAAACGUGCCAAGGUCGCUCACCCAUCCGACAAGGCCUCGUCCACGCCGCUCACACAGGAGGAGCUUGAUUCACUGCUGGCUGUGAGGGAGCUGAUGAGGAAGAAGGGAGAGGGAAAGUUGAUGAACUUCCUCAUGGCAGAGUAGACCUCCCGGGCGUUGCCCUCGGGAAUUACGUCGCUCUUGGCGGAGCUGCUCCCCUGCUCGCUCUCGAGCUGCAAUACCACAUCCAUCAUACUCGCACUGCUUCUUGUUUUUCUCCUCACUCCAUCUGUAUCUAUCACUACUAUUCCCACUCUGCAAUCGGACAGCAAGUGCACGAACGUUUCGCAGGCUGCCUUUUAAAUCUGUCUGCUGAAGGGGAAGAAGGCGCCGGCGGAGG